AUGGAUUUAACACCAAGAAUUGUUUACAAAAACUACGUCUUCAGUGACAACCCAAAUCACUACAGUAAUAUCGUUGCCCAACAACAACAACAACAACAAUUACCAGUUAAGUUUAGUUAUUUACCAUAUCCUAACAUGGCAGUAAUGUCUGACGGUAAUCCAAUAGCUGCAGGUUCAGCUAUUACGUCAACAAUCAAUACACCAGGUGUGUAUUCGAAUUAUUAUAAACCAACAAUUUCUGCUACUUCUUCUCCACCUUAUCAAUAUCAAACUAAUAUUCCUCAAACUAAAUUUUAUGAUACUCAACAAAUUCAUUACAGUAGUAAUAGUAAUAAUAUUUCACGUGUAAACUCAAACUCUAAUUUUAAGUUACCUCCUAUCUCCAGUAUUAUGGGGCCAAAUAAUAAUAAAAAUAAUAAUCAAAAUGAAUCUGUUGUAAGUACUCCAACAAAUGAUGGAAUUGUGACAGGUCACAUCCUUGACAAUACUCGUAGUAGUUAUUCAUCAAGUAAUUCAUCUCCAAUUACACCAAGAAGUAAAAUGAUGGUUGUAAUGGGCAAUCCUCUAAUGGUUCCCAAUGUAGUAACACCCGUUUACCAAGAUAUGGCAAGUACUGCUAGUACUACUGCUAGUACUUAUGCAGCCUUAUCACCAGGUUCUUUGACUCCACCUGUGUUUGUUACUCAUUCUCCUGUAUCUAGUAACAACGGUGAGACAGUUUCUCCAAAGAUUGGCAGUGCCGCAACUGUGUCAAAUAAUACGAAAAUUGAACCAAAAAUUUAUAAUUCAAAACCUGAAAGAAAAUCAAGAAGAAAGAAAUUUGUGUGUGAUGGUAUCGGUAAACAUCUAAGCCCCGAAAUCAGACAAAAGAAACAAUGUCCUGUUUGUGGAAAGAAAUGUUCCAGACCUUCUACAUUAAAGACCCACUACCUAAUUCAUACAGGUGAUAAUCCUUAUUGUUGUACUAGACCAGGUUGUACUAAAAGUUUUAAUGUGAAGAGUAACUUACAGAGACACAUUAGAAGUCAUGAUAAAAAACUAUCAAAGGCAAUAAUACAACCCUCUCAAAUUACAAUGCAGUUACCACAUCAACAGCUGUACUGA